AAGAAAAUAGUGAGAAUAAAGAUAGAUCUUAUAAUAGUUCCAGAUUUAGAUUACAGCUUAAAGAAAAGACUCCUCUAAGAGAUGUAUCUAACAAAGCAAUGGGAACAAUGUUAAAAGAACGAGUUUAA